CUAAGGGGAAGCGUUGGCAUCAAUGGACUCUUACAAACUCCUCGCAUCUUUGGUCCUAUCUCUGUGCUACCAUGUCCUGUCUACAACAGCAUGGUCAGUGAAUAACUUCUUGAUGACAGGACCGAAGGCAUAUUUAACUUAUGCAAGCAGUGUGCAGGCUGGCGCAUUGCGCGGCAUUGAGGAGUGCAAAUACCAAUUUGCAUGGGACAGGUGGAACUGUCCAGAAAGCCAGUUACAGUUGUCUACACAAAAAGGACUGCGAAGUGCAACCAAGGAAACAGCUUUUGUACAUGCCAUUAGUGCUGCUGGAGUGAUGUACACACUGACCAAGAACUGCAGCAUGGGGAAUUUUGAUCAUUGCGGCUGUGAUGACUCAAAGGCUGGUAUAGGGGGUCGCGGUUGGAUUUGGGGUGGCUGCAGUGAUAAUGUUGAUUUUGGGGAGAACAUCUCCAAGCAGUUUGUAGACGCCCUGGAAAACGGGCACGAUUCCCGUGCUGCCGUCAACCUACAUAAUAACGAAGCUGGCAGACUUGCUAUCAAGGCGACGAUGAAGAGAACAUGCAAAUGUCACGGCGUAUCAGGAAGCUGCAGCAUCCAAACGUGUUGGAUGCAACUGUCCGACUUUAGAGAAGUUGGAAACUACCUGAAAAUCAAAUACGACCAGGCGCAGAAGCUAGAGCUGGACAAGCGGCGCAUGCGCGCUGGGAACAGCGCUGACAAUCGCGGCGCAAUCGCCGACACCUUCAGCAGCAUCGCCCGCACCGAGCUCGUCCAUCUAGAGGAUUCUCCCAACUACUGCGCUAAAAACCUGAGCCUCGGACUGCACGGAACUGAGGGCAGAGAGUGUCUACAGAGUGGCAAGAAUCUGUCGCAGUGGGAAAAGAGAAGCUGCAGAAGGUUGUGCCAUGAAUGCGGACUUAAAGUGGAGGAGAAAAGAAUAGAAAUCGUGAGCAGCUGUAAUUGUAAGUUUCACUGGUGCUGCACGGUGAAAUGCGAAAAGUGCACACAAGUGGUGACCAAAUACUUUUGCGCAAAAAGAAAUAAGGGCAGUCGGUCGCAUAACGGUUCAAGAAGAAGGCAACGUGUGCGCAAUUAAUCCCUCCUGGGAUUGGGGUUAAUAUUUAUAUAGUAUAGUGUAUAUUUGUACAUAUUGACAAUUUAUGGACGAUAUUUUUUUUUU